UCGACCGUAAAACGUAAAAUUUGGGGUUUUGGGGAGCAAGAAAAAGGCCGCAGGUUAACCCUGUUUCCGGCCCGAAAGUUUCACCAAGAUGUCGAACUCAGACUUAGAAAAACUGCAGUUGCAGCUUCGUCGAGAAAUUCAAUGCCAUCAGAUUUUGGUGGCCAAAAUGAAGAAUGAUCCACAAAAUACUGAAGUGAAGAAACAGUUACAUGAGCAACAAGCAAAAAUAACGUCACUGAGUGAAAAACAGAAGAAAGUUGUAGAGCAACUGCGAUCAGAACUUGGGAUUCAGAAAGAAAUGCCAGGGAAGAAUGAUCAGGUUACGUCCACGCCCCUCACAACGUCCCAGAACCUAAACAUCCCGAAUCGUAUCACAUCGGUCAACAAGACGCCCCCAGGCCCCCCUAGGGCCACCUCACAGCACCAUCCGCACCAAUCACCGACAACGCCUACCAGAAUGUCUAUCUUGACUAAUAAACCCACGAUACUACCUAUUAAAGUGCCCAAUGUGGCGUGUCGACUUGCACAGAGUAAACUGCCUCCCAGCCAAUCACUGCCAAAGGAAUCUAGCAGUCCUACCAACCUAUACAAGAAGUUAACAGCAUUGCCCAGAACGACAUUGUCAAGUCACAACAGCUCAAAGCAUCACACGCAUAAAAAGACAUUAUCAGCUGAGGAAGAGAAACUUGAGUUUAUGGCCUCGCUUGGUUUAAUCACACAAAAAACGGCUGAACAACUCAAAUCUAAAAGGUCCGAGAGAAAGAGGAGAAGCACGGCGAAUCCUCAGUUCUCCAACUACGACAGACAGGAGAUGGAGAGUCGGCAGUCGGCAACAAGGUUCCUUGCAGCUAAUGGGUUCGGACAAGAGAAACGGAAAAAAGGGAAACUUCAAAAGACUUCAGAUAAUUCUAUUGAUGAUGCAGAAAACAGUAUGAAUGGGGCACUUCAUAAACAAGAGGUUGAUAAGCACAAGGAUCAUUGCUCAGCGUGUGGUCUAAGCACAGAGGAGUUGCUCAUGUGCGACACCUGUCCGUUGGUGUAUCACCUUGGGUGUCUAGAACCCCCUCUGUUGGCGGUACCCCCGGGGUUGUGGAGUUGUCCACAGUGCAAGUUCAAAGAAUCCCCGCAAUCUGAUUGGCAAGGAACUCUAGCCAUCGUCCACACCUACGUCCAACAUCGGAUGUCCAAGGAAGAGGAGAAAAAACGACUCCAGAGGAAGGCGUCUGAGCUUCAGAACGAGCGUAUUCAACUUGAAGGCAAAGCUAGACAACUCAACGAUGCAAUAGCUAAGCAAAUGCAAGCCAGAGAUGGCCUGACGGAUUCGUUCCGUAAAACAGAAAAGGCCAUCGUUCAACUACAAGGGUUUAUCUCACGCUUCCAGGUUUAGUAAUAAGCCAUAAAUCACCCCAGUACUGCAGUGGACUCUCCCAUAGAUACACCAUAGAUAUGUACUAUUGGAAUCCACCAUUAUUUAAGAGAGGUAUUCUGAAGUGUUGGUCUUGAAAACACGCCCGUUUGUAACGUCAAAACUUGGAUAUUUUUUGGCAGAGCCAAAACUGUUGUUUAAAUAUGUAUAUAAGACUGAAAUUUCUAAACUAUUUACUGCGGUUUUCCCCCUCCAUAAGUUUGCUCGCCCCUUUGUUACAAAAGUGGUAUCUCCUGUAUCAAGCAGGGGGUAUAUAUUUACAUUGCACCCUAUUUUUUUUGUAGGGGUGUCAUACCAUUUUGCCUUACUUGUGAGAUGAAAGGUAAUUUAUAAGUAUUUUGAGAAGCCAGUUGUAUUGCAGCAUGCACUUAUUGGACAUUUUUCUCCUCUUACUAAUUGUCAGGUUUUGUCAAGUAACGGUGACAGCUGAGUGGACAGUUUGGAGAGAUUUGGGGACUUGCUCAUGAAUAUUCAAUGAUGUGUUAUCAAACAUGAAUAUUCAUUGAUGGGGUAAACUGAUAUUUGCCAGGGAUUUGGGGCAUUGCUCAUGAAUAUUCAUUGAUGGGUAAACAAACAAAUCUUUGCCAGGGAUUUGGGGACUUGCUCAUGAAUAUUCAGUGAUGGGUUAACAAACAGAUCUUUGCCAGGGAUUUGGGGACUUGCUCAUGAAUAUUCAGUGAUGGGUUGUCAAACAUGAAUAUUCAGUGAUGGGUUAACGAACAGAUCUGUGCCAUUUUUUGCCCUUAUACAAAACUUUCCCAAACUACAAAUUUGAUUUGUAGUAUUUUAUAAAUAAAUAAAUAAAAAGGCUUUUAAAAUGUAUCCCUAUGCAAUCUGAAGUUUUUUCGAAAAG